AUACAAGGAAUUCAUGUAAACAAAAGAGUACAAAUAAUGUUUAGACUUAGAAGAAUAUUAAAAUUCUUUCUAAAAUUAUUAAGAAACUUUUUUGUAACAUUAUUUAUUUGUGAAUUUCUGAUAUACUACAUAGUUAUUUAUCAGUGCCAUUACAACGAAAUAAAGAACGAAAUAAUCGACGAUGGAUUGAAAGCUAUUAUGAUUAGUGACACUCACAUGUUGGGACCUUUUCGUGGUCAUCCAUUUGAUAAAUUACGCAGGGAGUGGCAAAUGAAAAAAUCAUUCCAAGCAGCUAUUCAAAUUUUUAAGCCGGAUGUUGUUUUCUUGUUAGGAGAUGUUUUUGAUGAAGGAAAUUGGGUGAACCAAAAACAAUUUGAGGAAUAUAUUGAUCGUUUUAAAAACAUAUUUUAUGUACCACCUUCAAUGCGAAUGUAUGUUCUUCACGGUAAUCAUGACGUGAACUUCCACUACCGAAUGCAUCCUGUAUUGAUUAAUCGAUUCGAUAAAGCAUUUAACACAAGCAGCGUCCAAUUUAUUCAGGAAAAGAAAAUUACAAAUGAUGGUAGAGAUCGGAUUAUUAACUUCGUUUCAAUUAAUUCAAUGGCAUUAGAAGGCGAUAGCUGCAAUUUUUGCAGUGAAGCAGAAUAUAAAAUUGAAAGGAUUCAGCGAAAAUUAAAUCAAUUGAAAGAGAAUAAUAGCAAACCAAUAAUUCUUCAACAUUUUCCCAGUUAUCGAAAAUCAGAUGAUGAAUGUUUAGAGAAAAAUUCAGUGAAUCCCGAGAAGAAGUUUAGAGAAAAGUGGGAAACAUUAUCGAAACAAGCGACAGAAUAUCUUGGCCACAAACUCAAACCUAGAGCCUUUUUUAGUGGACAUUCUCAUCAUUACUGUCGUUUAAAAAAUACACUUGGCGUUGAAGAAUUCACAGUUGCUUCAUUAAACUGGCGUAACAUUAAUAAUCCAAGUUUCCUACUGACUGUCUUCACUCCAGACGAUUACUCUGUUUCAAAAUGUGAUAUUCCUAAAGAAACCACCGUCAUUGGACUCUAUGUUGUAGGGCUAAUUUCAUCAAUAGUUUUUGCAGUAGCUCGUCUCGUCCAUCCUUGGGAGACGGUGGCACAAGCAGCAUGGAGGAAAUACCCAAAUCCAAUGAACACAGCUGUCAUCGCAACAGAUGUCGUUGAACGAUCAGUUGUCCAAGGCGUACUCCACACACAUCGUUUAGUCAGUUCUCGAUGGUGCUUUCCAAGUUGGACGCAUAGAAUAAUAGGAACGCCGAAAGUUUGCUAUGCAAGCGAACGGUCAGUAGUAGAUCCAAGUGAACGUCAAAUGACAUUGAAGACAACAAAUGUAACAUUCGGAAGUUUUCUGUCAAUGGACGAAGUACUACAAUACAGGCCACAUCCAACAGAUCCUACAAAAACUCUUUUACUACAGCAAGCAACAGUGAGCAUAGAAGGCGUUCCACUUAAUCGAUACAUGGAAGAUGUGCUAACAAAAAAUAUCAGUUUUAAUGCAAAUAGAGGUCGACAAGGACUUGAAUGGGUUAUUAAUAAAAUAAAUACAGAAGUGAAAGAAAUUGCAUCUUCAGCAGAUGAUUUACUAAUGCAAACCAAAAAGUCAUUGGACGAAAUCACAGAUUCGGCUCGAAAGUCGAUUGACGAUCUAUCAACAUCAACGAAGAAAAUUCACUUUUAGUACGCUCAAUGUCUGAAGUUUAGCAAUUUUUUUAAUCAGGAUUCAAUGGAGAGUGAAAACAAUGCAAAGCAUCAUAGUGAAGAUAAAAAGAAUAAGAAGAGCCUUUAGCAUCUAGCGUAAAAGUAUUGUUUACAAGACUCUCUCACUCACUGACAUUUCCAUUUGAUGCCAUGUUUCAUUAGGAUAAUUAAACGCACUCGUCGGUUCGAAUUCCUCAACGUAAAUUAAUGAUUUUCGUUCUUAUAAGUUAAGUCAGCAAUGUGUUUGUUCAUUUUCUUUUUCUUUGUGGAGCUUAUGAAGAAAUUUAUUCGAUAAUUAAAAUUUUUUCAUUCGACCCAUUGAGAAUUUUUUUCUUUUCAUCAAUUUUGGAAACUUUUAGAAAUGAUUUGCAUAUGUAUGAUGUCAUACUAUAAGUAAGAAGGGAACAUUUUCAGGAACAUUUAAUAACUUUAUACUUUCCCUGUUAAUAAAAUCAGAUUAAAGAUCAUCUUGAUGAUAAAAGACAAUGCAAUGCGACUUUAAAUGAUGAUUUGAACUUUAUUACAAAUAGAAGAAAAAAUUUGUAAAUAUUUAUUGUUGCAUUAGGGAAUUAAUUUAUGUAAAUAAAAUUUAAUCUGUUGAUUCUAAUAUCAAUAUCAUUAAUUAAAAAAUAAAUACAAGUUGAGAAUUGAGAUGAUUUUGUCUUUGAAUUCGAAG